AUGAUAAACCCAAGGUGGAUCGAUGUUUUCCCAGAUUUUGCAGUGGAGUUUCAGGCCCCUGGGGACUCGGAUCACUGCCCUGCCUUUGUGUGGCUCCACAAGGCAGCCCCUACUGCAAAGCCAAAGCCGUUCAAAUUUUUCAACUUUUGGGCCUUGCACCCGGGGUUUUUAAACAUUGUGAGAGAUUUUUGGCAGCAACCAAUGGUUGGAAAUCCAGCUCAGGUUUUGUUCCAAAAAUUGAAGAGGUUGAAGUGCUCUCUCAAGGCUUUAAAUAAAGCUCAUUUCAAUGACAUUUCAAAUAAGGUGAAACAGAGGCGAGAGGAACUCCUUAGUAUUCAGCUUGCUAAUCUUCAAUGGGGUUCUGCUGGCAGCAGCAUUGAGAAUGAACUUCAAGUAGAAAGGGAGCUAAAAAUCUUGAAGAGGUUGAGUUACUAUUUUACAAACAAAAAGCUAAAGCCAAUUGGAUCAAGGAGGAAUCAGCUGGGUUUGGUAGAUGAUAAUGUCCUGGGUAGCACUGUUUCUACUAUUAGGGGUCUUCUUAAUUUCUCACUCCCUACAGGCGCUGACGGCGAACUGUGCAGAGAUAAAGCUUGGUCCAUAGUGAGUGUGGAUUUUGUUGCUGCUAUCAGGUAUUGCUUUGACAUAUCUUUUAUUCUCCCUGCCUUUAAUGCCACUGCUGUAGUCUUGGUUCCUAAAGUGCCAAAUCCUAGCCUUGUCAAGGACUUCAGGCCUAUAUCAUGCUGCACAGUGAUAUAUAAGACCAUUACAAGGAUUUUAGUGAGACGAUUAUCUACUGUGUUCCCUAGCAUGGUUUUAAAGAAUCAAACUGCUUUUGUUAAAGGUAGGAGUAUAGUGGAUAAUACCCUCUUUGCCCAAGAGGUUAUUAGGGGCUAUAGUAGAAAGAACAUUUCCCCUAGAUGUGCCUUGAAGUUGGAUCUACAGAAAGCGUUUGAUUCUCUCAAUUGGGAUUUCUUAGUUGUUGUUCUCACUGCUCUUGGCCUUCCUGCUAGAUUUAUUAGCUGGAUUUCUGCUUGUUUUACCAAGCCUAGCUAUUCGAUUGUAAUAAAUGGCAGUUUAGUUGGUUAUUUUAGGGGGGCUCGUGGUGUUAGGCAAGGUGACCCCCUUUCACCUUAUCUCUUUGUGCUUGCCAUGAAUGUAUUAUCAAAUCUAUUGAACCUGGCUGCUCUUAAGGGGAUUUUCAAUUAUCAUCCCAAGUGUAAAAGGAUCGGUUUAACCCAUCUUUGCUUUGCGGAUGAUCUCCUCAUCUUUUGCAAGCCCUCUGUUGACUCUAUUAGUUGUGUCAAAGCUGUUAUGGAAGUUUUCUAUCUCAUGUCUGGGUUGAAGCUCAAUAUUAACAAAAGUGAGAUUUUUGUAGCGGGGUUAACUGCUGCUCAAUGCACUGCCAUCAGUGAGGGCACUGGUUUUAAAUUAGGAAAACUCCAUGUUCUCUACUUAGGAAUUUCUUUGGUGACUAAGAAGCUCACAGAGAGAGACCGCCUUAGUCUCAUUGAUAAAAUCAGAGCUAGGUUGACCUUGUGGGAAAAUAAACAUUUGAGUUUUGCUGGCAGGCUCCAGUUAGUGCGUUCUGUUUUGUUCAGCCUAACUAAUUAUUGGUGUAGGCAAGUUAUGCUUCCUCGGGGGAUCUGUCUUUCAAAGUCUGAAGGGGGCCUUGGUGUUAUUGAUAUACAAGGAUGGAAUAGGGUUUGUUCUGUGAGGUUGUUUCGAAACUUAUUGGCUGAUGAGGGUUCCUUGUGGGUGGCUUGGACUCGGUCUUAUGUUAUUAAAAAUGCAGAUUUUUGGCAUAUGGUUCCUCCUACUAAUGCUAGCUGGAAUUUCAAAAAGCUGUUGAAGAUGAGACAUUCGGUUAAUCAUCUCUUUGUUAACCGUGAUUGUGCCCUCAGUACUAGGCAGAUAUGGGAGGACUUGCGCAUCGUGGCUCCAAAGGUUGCUUGGCAUCAUCUGGUUUGGUUUUCCGAGCGCAUCCCUAAGCACAACAUAAUUCCGUGGAUGGCCAUUUUGGAUAGGCUUCCCACCCGGGUUAGACUGAUGCGAAUGGGACUAGUAAUAGAGAAUGAUCGAUGUCUCUUCUGUGAUUUGGUGCCUGAGACUAGAAAUCACAUUUUCUUUGAAUGUGAUUAUGCUAAAAGCCUGUGGAAGGCCAUCCUUCUGCUCUGUGGAGUUAACCGAAGAGUAAGCCACUGGGAAGGCGAGUUUUCAUGGGCUGCUCACUGCCUUAAAGGAAAGUCCCUUCUCACGAGAGUGUUUAAGUUUGCUUUGACAAGCUAUGUGUAUGUCAUAUGGAGAGAAAGGAACAACAGACUGUACAGUGGAUUGCUUAGGUCGAUGAGUGAUAUCCUGCUGAGCAUUAAAACUGAUAUCCAGAUUCGACUCGAUGGUUGGCCAAUUAACAGAAGUGACUCUAGGAACAUUACCCUUUGUGUUAGAUGGGGUAUUUCAUAA